GCGCGGCGUGCGCAUGAGGGAGAGGGGAGCGAGAGACGUAGUAGUCAGUGCGAUGGGCUAGAGGAGAGCGAGGAGGCGGAGGCGCAGAGUGAAUGAGAGCCGCUGGGUCUGCCUUGCCUUGCCUCCCUGCCUGUCGUCUGCCUGAAGCUGGGUUCCUCACCACGGCGCCAUGCCGCACUGACACGGAGCGGACCCACGGCCCGGUUCCACCAGCGACGCACGCUCAGCACCACCCACUGCUCCACCAGCCCAGGAAACCAGAGAGCGAGCGCGCAGGGCUCCCUCCAUCCGCGGCCUGUCGCCACAACCCAGGCACCAGCCGCCACCAAAGCACGUCUCCUUCCACUCGGUCCUUCCCUCACCAACGCCACCACCUCCUCUCGCCUCUCCUCUCCCUCCUCCCUAUGCCCUUGUCCUCGGCGGCUCCUCUCUCCUCCCUGGCCAGUAUAUGGAUAGAAGCUCCCUGUUUCAGCUCAUACAAGAGCAGCUGGACCCAGACAACACCGGAUUCAUCCCAGUGGAGAACUUCACCAGCUUGGUGGAGCACCAUGAGCUGCAGCUGGACCCGUCCAAACUGGACAUGCUGUUAGCGCUGGUCCACAGCAAUGAGGAGGGACAGGUGUGCUACCAGGAGCUCAUCGAGCUGAUGAGCAGCAAACGCUCCAGCAGUUUCCGACGCGCCAUCGCCAACGGGCGUCGCACCCUGCAGAGGGAAAUCCUGCUGGACGAGACGGGCCUUGGGCUGUACAAGCGUUUCGUUCGUUAUGUGGCCUACGAGAUCCUGCCUUGUGAGACGGACCGGCGCUGGUACUUCCACCAAAACCGCCUUUGUCCUCCCCCCGUCUUCAUCGCCGUCGUCACCAUCGUCCAGAUAAUGGUGUUCAUGUGCUACGGCAUCAUGCUCAACAAGUGGGUUCUGCAGACCUAUCAGCCGGACUUCAUGAAGAGCCCGCUGGUCUACCAUCCCGGUCACCGUGCACAAGUCUGGCGCUUCUUCAGCUACAUGUUUAUGCACGUUGGAUUAGAGCAGCUGGGAUUUAAUGCUUUGCUGCAGCUGAUGAUCGGCGUUCCUCUAGAAAUGGUCCAUGGCAUCUUACGGAUAAGUUUACUCUACAUGGCAGGAGUCCUGGCCGGCUCGCUGACGGUGUCCAUCACAGACAUGCGUGCUCCCGUGGUGGGGGGCUCCGGGGGGGUCUACGCCCUGUGCUCAGCGCAUCUGGCCAACGUUGUCAUGAACUGGGCCGGGAUGCGCUGUCCAUACAAGCUGCUCCGCAUGAUCCUUGCACUGGUUUGCAUGAGUUCAGAGGUGGGCCGCGCAGUCUGGCUCCGCUUCUCGCCGCCGCUGCCCUCCUCGGGGCCCCAGCCCAGCUUCAUGGCUCACCUGUCGGGGGCCGUGGUCGGCAUCAGCAUGGGGCUGCUCAUCCUGCGCAGCUACGAGGAGAGCCUGCAGAAGCAGUGCUCCUGGUGGGUCAUCGUCUUCUCCUUCAUCACCUUCCUCCUCUUCGCCAUCUUCUGGAACAUCUUCGCCUAUGAGCUCCUGGGGGUGCAGAUACCGCCUCCCCCCUGAUGAUGGGCCCCCGCCCCCCCACACCCUCCCCACUGCUUUCCCUUUUUCUCUCGAUCUCCUCCAAAGUUUCGCCCAAAAUGAGAUGAUUCAAACUACAAAUCCGACCAGAAUAGUUUUUUUUACAGACACUUUGCAGAUCAAAGAGAUGUUUCUCUUUUAUUAAAGAGGGAUUACAGUAGCAACAAGUACAGGUGAAAGUUCCUCGGAACCAUUUUGAGGAGCAUUCUUGUCCUUUUUUUAUAUAAAUAUAACCAGAACCACGUCAACCCAUCUUUUGUUUUUCUUACGCCAUUCAUGCAAAGAAGAUGCUGACAUCAUCAUAUGUGCCUCUGGUGGGGGGAAAAAAAAGAAAUAAUUGUUAUUCUGCUUAAUAGGCAGUGCUCCUUAAAAUGACAGGAGUCAGACUUUGCUUUAGGACCGACCGCUGGAGCCAGAAACCACAAACCAGAUCUGCAGAUUUUUAUCCCUGAGGGCCACAUUGAAGCCAAAGCCAGCGGUGGUGUCACACGUUAGGGAGGCCUGCUGUCGCCAAACUAAAAACAAGCAUCCAAACAGGGGAGUGAAAAGUUUUACCUUUGAUCUCUUAGUUUAUUUAAAACCUAAACGUUAGCGACGCGACAGCAGAAUGGAACCAGGCCAGUUUUCCCUGGGUUGGUUCUGAUUGGUCAGAUCCUUAACGAUCGGUUGUUUCUUCAUCAGAAAGCUCUCAUAAUUCCUUCAUUCUCUUCUACCUCUAUGAAAAGGAACUCCGGCACAUUUUUUUUCUCUCUCUUUAAUGGGUUAUAUUUCCAGAAAAAAAUUCAAAUUGGUCAGAUUUUCUGCAGAUUUUCUAAUCAGCAGGUCCACACUGCAAAAACGGAUCUAAAAAUAAGUAAAAUGUUCUUCAAAUGUGUGUUUUUAUCCUUGAUUUGAGCAG